AGGAUUUCAUAUGUCUGUAUUUCUUUUAUGAUAAUAAAAAAUAUUAUGAAGCAUUAAAUAUAUAUUCUUGUGUCUUGACCACUAUCUCUGUCAUCCAACCAAAACCAUGAGAUUCAGCAAAGCCUUAAAAAAGGUUGAGAAAAGGGUGAAAAAUAGUAAGUACAGCAUGAGUGGUUGUGAACAAACAGAGGACAUAGUUUAUGAAAUCAGAAACCAAAAUCCAGAACAAGAUCUGCUGACCACCCUUUAAUUCAUUCUAUAAAAGAAAGAUUAGAACUUGAUCAAGGAUUCAUGGUGGUUUGAAUAAUUCAAAGGUCAUCAUCCAGGAAAACAAGGACAGCCUUUGACCAUUGAGAAGGUAUGGAUUGAAUUGAUUGGAGCUGAGAUUGUUGAUAUCUAAGUGUGGAAUCGAAGCUGAUUUGGUGAGAGAAUUGAAAACAAGAUGACAUUGAGAUCCUUGAGUAGUUCCAAACAUGGUGAUUCAAGGAAUAAGUUGGUCUCUGAUGGUCAUGGUGGAGUCCUUGAGAAAUCAUUGAGCUUCAAGAACUGGGAAGCCGAACUUGAACGUCCACUUUCAUGCAAAGACAAAGUGAAAAAUGAUAGCAGGACAGAACCACUUUCAAUUAAGAUCCAAAGAAAUAACUUUGUGCUCAAAAUCAAUUCCCCAAUCCACGUCACAGAUUUUUCAUCUCCGAAGCCUUUAAGUGAGCUAGAUGCGGCCGCUGUGAAACUGCAGAAGGUCUAUAAGAGUUACCGGACACGAAGAAACCUUGCAGAUUGCGCGGUUGUGGUGGAGGAACUAUGGUGGAAGGCAUUGGAUUUUGCAUCUCUCAAGUUGAGCUCGAUAUCAUUUUUCAAUAUUGAAAAACCAGAGACUGCGAUUUCACGCUGGUCGAGAGCACGGACGCGAGCAGCCAAGGUGGGCAAGGGUUUAUCCAAGGAUGAAAAGGCUCGGAAACUAGCAUUGCAACACUGGCUUGAAGCUAUUGACCCACGCCACCGAUACGGGCACAAUUUGCACCUAUAUUAUGAGGUCUGGUUCGAGAGUGAGAGUACUGAACCGUUCUUUUACUGGUUGGAUGUGGGAGAUGGCAGAGAAAUAAACCAUGAGAAAUGCUCAAGAAGCAUGCUUCAUCAACAAUGCAUCAAAUAUCUCGGUCCAAAAGAACGAGAAGCAUAUGAAGUUGUGGUGGAGUGUGGGAAGCUUAGGUAUAAACAAAGCGGCACACUUGUAAGCACCAACAAAGGGUCCAAAUGGAUAUUUGUUCUCAGCACUACCAGGACAUUUUACGUCGGGCAGAAGAAAAAGGGUACAUUUCAACACUCGAGUUUUCUGGCCGGAGGAGCUACAACUGCGGCCGGGCGAUUGGUUGCUGAAAAUGGAGUUCUAAAGGCAAUAUGGCCAUACAGCGGACAUUACCUCCCGACCGAAGAGAACUUCAAGAUCUUCAUUAGCUUCCUUCAGGACAAUCAAGUCGACCUUGCCAAUGUGAAGAGAUGUUCAGUAGAUGACGAUGUAGAACCCUCAUCAAAUAAGAAGCAAAAACCAUUGAUCGAGAUGGCAAAGAACACAAAAGAAACAAUGACAAUUGAAUUAAUCACUUCCAAGGAGAUCACUAAACCAACUCAAGAUGAACUUGAAAACACAAUCAAGGAAGAGACACCUCCUGCAUUUGACUUCAGUCGACGCUUGUCAUGCAAAUGGUCUACUGGUGCAGGUCCUCGCAUUGGUUGUGUCAGAGACUACCCUGCAGACCUCCAAUUCAAGGCACUUGAACAAGUUAACUUGUCACCGAGAGUCGUGUUUUCACCGAAAACAAACAAGAUACCGAUUCCCUCACCGCGACCGAGCUCAAAGGUUCAUCUCUCACCAAGGCUUGCAUACAUGGGCAUUCCAACUCCACCAGUAUCUCUAACUCUUCCUCAGAACAAAAGAAGGUUGAAAUCAGGCAUGUCUUGUGCCAACUCACAAGCAAAUGAGCCAAAGAUGAGAUGAGCUUCAUUUUUCUGCUGUAAAAUUGUCAUUCUGUUCUCUUUUUAACCUUUUUAUCUGAAACCAUGGUUUGUAUUUUUCCAAUGGAGAAAUAAUUUUGUAAUUAUAGCUCUCA